AGUGCUCUGAACUUACUGUGUAGGGCAGACGUUAAAUUAAUGCCUAUAAAUAAGUAAAUUUAUGAGUUAACGAAAACAAUAUAAGCAAGCGAGCAGUACUAUGUCGAAGCGUACAGUGGUGAACAGCUCGUACAAGGGCCUGGUGGAGAACAUCGCCAUACCGGUGGAGUUGCACGAGGCAGGCGACAAAAAGUUCGCUAGUUUCGGGUCCGUGCUGCCCAUACACUGCAGUACACCAGAACAGGUGACGGAAUUCUCGCAGCAUACACAUCACUACUGCGAUGUGUUCACUGACGAACUGUUGGCUCCGCUCGGUGAACUAGCGUACGUGCGGCUCGACGAGAACUUAGCUGAAAAGGUAUUCAUAAACCGCACGAAGCGGCUAUUAAUUAUAUCUUCGGACGGUGUGCUGGCGCAAUGGCGGUGUGCGCCCACCUUCGAGUCAGCUAACCAAUACAUAGCGGGCACUCCCAUCGUGAACAAGGACGGCGCACUGGUCAGCGUCGUCACCGCUAAAAGAGGGAACCACUAUGCUGUCUCUACAUUCGAGGGCGAAGGCGGGUACUUCGAGACAAGCGAAGCGUGGAAGGUGAUACCGAGUCCGGGGCCCGGGCUGGUGUACGGGGAUAAGGUGUUCGAAACACGCGCGGAGCUGCGCCAGUACGCGUCGUCACUACCACCCGCGAUUGUGGGUCCGGACUGCCGCCCCACGCCCGUGCUGGUGGGGGGCCCGCACGCGCGCCUCGUGCUGCUAGCGGGGGGCGGCCGGCAGCUCGCGCACCAUUACCUACCGCCCGUCAUCACCGAUGACAUACAGUACUUGUAGACUCUCGCGCCUUAUUAUCUUUGUAAUUCAAAAUUUAUUUAACAAGGAUCUUCUAAACGCGAGUCGGGCACUGAACCUUUUUUAUUAUAUGUUAAUUCCAAUUUUUUGACUAUUUUAUAAAUAUUUUUUUAAGAUAAUAUAUUGUAAGAUAUCUAUUGAAAACCAUGGGUUUUAGUGAAUAAAACACUUUUUUU